UGCGGUUUAUGUAUUUGUUUCAAAACGAACUUUGCGCUUGUAAUGUAAUUCAAAAUUUGUGUGUAUUUAAUCAAAUUGUUGUCUAUGUACAGUAUCUACUUUUGUAGUCCUUACAGGCUUAAAAUAGUUUGCUGGGCAGAAUGGCUAAACAGCGUGCUCAUAUGAAAGAAAACAGAAGUUUUGGUGCUAGAGAUCACAAGAGAACAUAUGUUAGACCCGUAAAGCCAAAAGCUCCAUUUUUAGAGCAAUGGAACAACAAAGUAGCACUUUUUGUUGCUUUCAAUAUAGUGGUUGUGAUUUUAAGUAUAGUAUAUUUCUUUUAUCAACAUUACAUUGAAAAUAUUGUGAUAACUCCCCUUAAUCUUCCUAAUGUUGUAACUAAAAGUGGUCUUGAUGUUCCAUCUCGCUUUUGGGGCUCUUAUCGCCCAGGCACAUAUUUUGGCAUGCGAACACGCAGCCCUUAUUCCUUGUCAACGGGCAUCAUGUGGUUCACUCAGAAGGUGAUUAAUAAUAAAAUAGAUAUAAGGCACUGGUGUGAUCAGUGGAACAGCGUAAAGCAUUACAGUUGGUUGGAGCAUGACGGAGAAAAUUUUGGCAUUCAGAAGAUAGAAGACAAAGACUAUUAUCUCGUUACAUCUUUCGUCAAGCAAGUUGGUGGACAACAUGGUGGAGACUUUACUGCAAAGAUAUCUGUGAGACGUAAAGAACUCAGUCCAACACCUGUUCCAGUAUCACUCAUGUUUUACGUUCAUGCUCCUCCUGACACAGUCCUCAACUACAAUGUUGUGAAUGAAGGCCACUUACAAUCGAUAAAAGGUUACAUAGAUACCCUUGGUAAUUUUACUUUUCAUUUUCGAGAGGUUGAAACCAGCAAAACUAUUUUAAAAUACAACUACUUAGCUGCUGAUGCUCAAAGCCUCACUCAUCUGAAAGAGCUAGUUACACGUCACCAUGCUCUGUUCCAAGCAAAAGAACACACUCAGUUGCAGAUACUAGGGUUAAUCGGUGAAGCUGCUGCAUACACCAGAAAAAGCGAUAAAUCGUACAAAAUCAAUUUUGUGGUCUAUCAAGUUACAUUUAUACCACCAUUUGAAAUGGAAAUUUACUUCGAAUCAGCUAGUUUCACGAACAGACCGGCAAAAAUAGUUGGUCCUUUAUACAAUUCUGAAUUAGAUAGGCAUAUGUUAAAUUUUGAAGAUAAAUUUGAAAACAUUUUUAAACUUAGUAGGAAGAAUUAUACUUCAGAUGAUAUAAAAGCAGCCUGGGCUGCUUUGAGCAAUAUGAUUGGCAGCAUUGGUUAUUUUUAUGGUUCCUCACUUGUGCAAUCUAAUCAUAAUAAAGAGCCUGUAAAUUAUUGGAAUGCUCCUUUAUACACAGCAGUUCCAUCUCGCUCUUUCUUUCCUCGAGGGUUUCUAUGGGAUGAGGGUUUUCACAAUCUUUUAAUUUUAGAAUGGAAUGCAGAAAUUACUAAAGAAAUUAUUGCACAUUGGCUGGAUUUAAUGAAUAUUGAAGGAUGGAUACCGAGAGAACAAAUUUUAGGACUGGAAGCUAGAGAACGUGUUCCUGCAGAGUUUGUGGUUCAACGAAACACUAAUGCAAAUCCACCAGCAUUCUUUUUAACAUUAGAAAAACUUUUAAUGAAAAUGAAGUCUGGAAGCAUACCUGAAGACAUUGGUUUCCUGAAACAAAUCUUGCCUCGUCUUAAAGUGUGGUUUGAUUGGCUUAAUAAAACACAAAAUGGCAUGAUUCCUGGUACUUACAGGUGGCGGGGACGAGACUCAAUCACUGACUUAGAGCUUAACCCUAAAACAUUGACUUCGGGCUUAGAUGACUAUCCAAGGGCGUCACAUCCAACGCUCGAUGAAAGGCAUGUUGAUUUACGUUGCUGGAUCGCAUUCUCUGCCGGUGUUAUAGCUGAUAUUGCGGACUAUAUCGGAGAGCCUUUGCAAAAAUAUCGUAGUACUUAUCUUUAUUUGUCAGAUAACUCAUUAUUAGAUGAAUUGCAUUGGUCAGUGACAUCUGAAUCAUACAGUGAUUAUGGGUUUCAUUCCAAAAGUGUGAAAUUGUCGAAAGAAAAACUUCCAUAUGUUGGAGGAGAAGAAGCACCACAAACUAUAACAAUUCGAGUUGUGAGUGAAGAACCUACAUUGUGUUUUGUGGAUAAUUUUGGUUAUGUGAGUCUUUUCCCAAUGUUAUUAAAAAUAAUUGAUCCUGCUAAUCCCAAGUUGGGAAAAAUUCUUCGUGAUUUGAAGAAUCCAAAGUUACUGUGGACAAGUUAUGGAUUGAGAUCCCUUGCAAGAAAUUCACCGUAUUACAUGAAGCGUAAUACAGAACAUGACCCUCCAUAUUGGAGAGGUAAUAUAUGGAUUAAUAUGAAUUAUCUUGCUGUUCGGGCCUUGAAGCACUAUAGUGAAGUAGAAGGACCUGAAAAAGAAAAUGCUAAGAUUUUGUAUGAAGAAUUACGACAAAAUGUUGUGAACAAUAUAUUGAAAGAAUACAAACGAACUGGUUUUAUCUGGGAACAUUAUGAUGACAAAACUGGACAAGGGAAGGGGUCACAUCCUUUCACUGGGUGGUCAGCGUUAUUUGUUUUAUUAAUGGGAGAAAUUUUUUAGCUUCAUUCGUAUUUUAUUUGUAUAGAAACAUGUUUUUUAUACUGUUGAUUUUUCUAAAAUAAUUUAUUAGCUGAUGCAGCUUGUGUUAAUUAAAAAAAAAAAAAUUCCAUUUGUGCAGAUUUUUUUUCGAAACAUUUAUUGUAAUGAAAGUUGGAGUUAGCAUAUGGAGUUCUUAAUGAAGUAAUCAUAAAAUUCAUAUUUUUCAAGUUUUAUGGAAAGGUAACCAGAACAUUAGUUUAAACUAUUGUAAUGUACCGUAAAAUACGAUUACAACGAAUUUAAAAGACCGAAAAUUUAGUUCCUUAUAACAAGACUUUCAUUGUAAUGGAAUUCAAGUAAUGUCAUGACAAUUAAAUCAAAACUGAACAUGUAUUUCAUGAAACAGAUAUUUUGUUUUAAAAGGAUUUCACUGUAUUUUCUUUUGUACCUGUACUGACCAAAUAAUAUAACUUUUGUUUUUACUUCUUUAUUUUACUUUAUUUUGUACAUUUUACUAUAUGAAAUUCUAAAAGCCUUUGGUCAUUAAAAAAGCAAACUACUUAGACAAAUCUACCUGCCAUCAUUAUUCAAAAUUUUGUGUAAUGUGAAAAUAUUUAAAUUUUACAGUAAAAUUAAAUGAAAAAGUUAAACCUGUAAAAGUUAUGGUGUUCUGUUUUUACGAAGUCAAAUGUAAUGUAUAACUGCAUUAAACAAAGUAGAUUUUUGAUUACACUUAUAUCUUAGCUGGAGAGUAAGUGAGUUAUCUAGAUUUGGUCAAAAACUGAAGGAAUUUCACCAAAACUUGUUGCUUUAGUUUGUAGUUUCCCUGUGAAUAAUGUUUACCUUUGCAAGAGUCAGACAGUGUUAUGUUAUUUAGAUCAUGCAAUAAGAUCAAUCAGCAGAUCAAGCAGCUGCGUUCAAUGAGCAGUAUUCAUCCUUGAAAAAAUUGUGUUAAUAAAAAGGGAAUUUAAUAAUUAUGAAAAAUGCAGGUACUAUUUUGACACCUUUACAAUUUACCCUUUGCAAUGUAGGGUUGGUUAAACAAAGACAGCAAAUUAACUGGAUAGCAUUUUGAAUUAUACUACGUUAACCCGGGAGAAUGCCAGUUUCCUGGGCGUACGUUAGGAUGCGCAAGGGUCAUUGAAUGACCCCAGAUCAAUACCUAGUCAAAUGCUUAUAAAAAACAUCAUUUUUCGAAUUGUUUACUGUUGAAAUCAUAAUGUCUUAUGAUUUUCGACAUUAAAAUUAAAUUUUAGACAUUAAGUGCUGUUUAUAAAUGAGCUUUACAUAGCACUUAUAAUGAAAGCAUUUCUACAUUUGUUCUUUAAACCAAGUUCAGACACACAGCAAAUGAUAACGCUUUAUGUGAGUUUUACAAACUUUAUAACAACUAAAAUACCGCUAUUGGUAUUUUCGAUGCAGAAACUUGUAGAAUUAAUGCUAAAAAUGUUUCAUUUUUUAUUAAAACUAAAAAAUAAAAAAAUGUUGCUACAUUCAAGGCAAUCUCGUCUUACUCCAUUAUACAUCAUAUUUUGCGAUUAAAAGAUCAGAGUUAUUCCCUUUAUCUAAAGUAUUUUCAUCUUUUUUCAACACUAUCAUAUUUGCUGAAAUUUUCAUGAUCUAAGAAUUUCUCUUCUAAAAAAAUCUUUAGCUUUAUAUUCUUAAUUGAUGAAACAAUUAUUUAAUUCAAUUUCAGCAAAAAAUGUUCAAAAAUGACCUAUUUCUUUCUCGUAUGGUGUUGGCAUUACUAUUUACACGAAAUAACUUCAAUAUUAAAGGGAUACAAACAUAUUAACCGUAUCGAUCAUUCGCAAUAGUUGAUCUGUGAAACAAACGCCAGGACUUACGGGGUCAUUUUAUGACUUCAGGAACUGACUAAACAUGUUUUAAUGGAGCACAAAUGCCGCAAAUUCAUUCAAACUGCUACCAAAUGGUAGAUGGUAGGACCAAAAUCAGCUACUGAUAAGAAAAGAAUGAACUGGUGGCUAGUUUUAAGGCAAUUACUAUUUUCAGAUCUCUUGGGGUCAUAAAAUGACCCCCCACGCAUCCUCCUGGGUUAUAGAGUUUGAUUUAAAAUUAACAACAAGAAGUUCUGUCGAGAGCUAAAUGAGUCUACUCUCUAGUACACUAACACACAGACACUUUCUAGCAUUCGGUCAAUAUUCUGUUAAUUAAAUUUAAUACUGUAAAAUCCCUCUAAUGCGGACACUAACAGGACAAAUUUUUUUGUCCACAAUAGAGAGUUGUUCGCAUGACAGGGAUUUAAUGUUAUUUGCAUUGGAACUGGGGAAUUAAAAAUUGUCCGCAUAAGAGGGGUGUCCGCCUUUGAGAGGUGUCCGUUAGGACGGGUUUUACUGUAAAAUGCAAAUUAUAUCAAACAUAUCUUUUUAACAUUUUAAGCUGAUUUCUAGAAACAGAAUAUGCCUAGCUCAUCUGACGAAAUAGAUACGUAAAAAAUAAAUAAACGAACAAAUAAAGUAGUAGCACCUUUAAAACAAUGCUGCUAAUACAUUCUUUUCUGUAAAAAAAUUCUUUAAUUGUUUAAAAAAAAGAAAAAGUGAUUUUUUCUCGUAUUAAAUCUAUUUGUAUUUCAUGAUAAGAUUUGAAGAUUAAGUUCAAGCAUGCAAGUUUAAUUUAUUCUAUUCAACUGUACAUAUAUAAAUAUUUAUAAAUUUUGUUCUUAAG